ACCCUUGCAAAAGCCCUUGGCCUCUCUUUCUUCUGUGUCAGACAUGGCGCUCUAAUACAAAAACAAAACCCGAAAAUCUUUUCAAAAUAUGCUUCGCUGCGCUUAUCGUUACAGUCCUCGAUUCUACAGUAUUGGUUCUCUAAAUAUGGGUUCCAAAUUAUUCCCAAAACCCACUACAAUAACAGUACCUUCAAUUACUCCUUGUUUAAGCAGAAAAAAUCAAUUCCACACAUGUAAACGGAUUUUACCUGUAGUUUGUGCAAAACCCAUAUCAAAAUUCCGUCCUUAUCACCCUAAAACCAACGGCUUUGCUACUGCUACAGUUCCAGUUCCGGUUCCAGCUCCAGUUCCAGUGAAUGAAGAAGUGUUGGAGAAGGAGUAUAAGGAAAGAAUAGAGGACAAGUUGAAAGAGCUCGGUAUCGAAAUGGAUGAAUAUUCUACUGGCCAGCACAACAGCUUAUUCUGUCCAAUGUGCAAUGGUGGUGACUCAGAGGAGAAAUCACUGUCUCUUUUUAUCAACCCAGAUUGGUCUAAUGCAACCUGGAAUUGCUUUCGAGCUAAGUGUGGCUGGACAGGCGGAACAAGGCCCUUUGCAGGAAAAAGCUCUACAUUUGAGCACUCAGCCCAAUCUAAAAGAGUUAAGCAGAUUAGAAAAAUUACUGUACAGAGCCUUGGAUUGGAACCACUAUGUGGCGAGCUUCUUGGUUUUUUUGCUGAGCGGUUAAUAUCAGCAGAAACAUUGCAGAGAAAUCUUCUUAUGCAAAAAAACUAUGGCGACCAGAUUGUUAUAGCAUUUACAUAUUGGCGAAAUGGAGAACUCAUCAGCUGCAAGUAUCGAGAUAUCAACAAGAAUUUUUGGCAGGAAAGUGAUACAGAAAAGAUAUUUUAUGGGCUGGAUGAUAUCAAUGAUAUCAAGGAAGGUGAUGAUAUAAUUAUUGUUGAAGGUGAAAUGGACAAGCUUGCAAUGGAAGAAGCUGGGUUUCGUAAUUGUAUUAGUGUUCCUGAUGGUGCUCCUCCACAAGUUUCUGAAAAGGAAUUGCCAUCUCAUGAUAAGGACACAAAAUAUCAAUAUUUGUGGAAUUGCAGAGAAUAUUUUAAGAAGAACUGUCGCAUAAUACUUGCCACUGAUGGAGAUGCACCUGGUCAAGCUUUAGCUGAAGAGCUUGCACGUCGUGUUGGAAGAGAAAGAUGCUGGCGAAUCAAAUGGCCAAAGAAAAAUAAAGAUACAAAUUUCAAAGAUGCAAAUGAGGUGCUUAUGUAUUUGGGUCCUGCUGCACUUAGGGAAGUAAUUGCCAAUGCAGAGUUGUAUCCUAUCCGCGGAUUGUUUAACUUCAAGGAUUACUUCAAUGAAAUUGACGCAUUUUAUUAUCGAACUGCUGGUCUUGAAUGUGGUGCAUCAACAGGGUGGAGGUCUCUAGAUGGCUUAUAUAAUGUUUCACCAGGAGAGUUAACUAUAGUGACGGGGGUUCCCAAUUCUGGAAAGAGUGAGUGGAUUGAUGCUCUCUUAUGCAAUCUCAACAGAAAUGUUGGUUGGAAAUUUGCACUUUGCUCUAUGGAAAACAGUGUUCGGGAUCAUGCUAGAAAACUUUUGGAGAAACACAUAAAAAAGCCCUUUUUUGAUGCACAUUAUGCCUCCAAUAUCGAUGGAGAAAUUUUGCAACGAAUGAGUGCGGAGGAGUUUGAGGAAGGGAAAUUAUGGUUAGCUGAGACAUUUUACCUCAUAAGAUGUGAAGAUGAUAAACUUCCAAAUAUAGAUUGGGUUAUUGCUCUCGCAAAAGCAGCAGUUUUGAGGCAUGGAGUACGAGGACUUGUAAUUGAUCCUUACAAUGAGCUUGACCAUCAGCGUACUGUUAACAUGACCGAAACAGAGUAUGUAAGCCAGAUGCUUACAAUAAUUAAACGAUUUGCUCAACAUCACUCGUGUCAUGUUUGGUUUGUAGCACAUCCCAGACAGUUAUAUAACUGGGCCGGGGAUCCUCCUAAUCUGUAUGAUAUAAGUGGCAGUGCCCACUUUAUAAACAAGUGCGACAAUGGGAUUGUUGUUCAUCGUAACAGGGAUCCAGAGGCUGGACCUAUGGAUCAAGUACAGAUUUGCGUGCGGAAGGUGAGAAACAAGGCCAUUGGAACCAUAGGCGACGCCCACUUGUCCUAUAAUAGGGCAACUGGAGAAUACAACGAUCUUGAUACAUAGGAUGAACAUGUGAAGCAAGAAGAGUCGGAAUUAAAGGUUUUUAUCAAAAAGGUUUGUAUAUUUUAGGAGUGAUAGAUUAAUAUGAUAUUAUUAUUGUUUUGUAUAAUCUUUUGGGAAAGCUAGAUUAACAUGAUUAGGAAAACCGCCUUGAAACACAAAACUGAUACAGUUUCUGUAAACAAGUUCUUUGUUAUGCAUCAUUCUGCUGUAUGGGUUCAACGAGUAA